UCUUCGAACAGAUGCGGUCGAGUCGAGCGGAUUUUCUCUUUAUAUGAAGCGUCGGAAUCACUGGAGAUCUACAAAUCCUUGCUGAUCAUGAAGAACCGGUCGUCUUUACCAUGGCUGGUGCUUUCUCUACUCUUCUCUGCGAUACCUCCAGCAAAACCAGGCCCCUGUCCAACAUGUGAAUCUGGCUAUCGCAGGGUCUCUGGAGGCUGCAAGUGCGAGCCAUGCAAAGCUGAGUAUUUCUGGUCUCUGAGGAAUGGACAGGGCAUUUGUAACAUGUGUACAACAUCUUGUACUGCUAAGAAAAACCUGAUCCAAGUCCACCCCUGCAAUCAGACAACUGACCGUAGGUGCCAGUGCAAACCCGGCUACUACUGCCCAAGUCCAGUGAACUUGACCUGCAGGAGGGACUGUGAGCCGUGCACCAACGGCUUCACCAGCACAUCUAAUCUACAGACAUCCUGCCAGCAGUUCACUGACUGUGCCAGUUUAGGGAAGGUGGUGAUUGAAGAAGGAUCGCCAACUGCGGACCGUGUGUGUGGACAUCCGAAGAUCCACAGCACCCAAGCAGUCAAUUGGCCCAUCUCUCCAAACCAGGUGUCUGAAAUUUCGACAGUCCUUCCUAAGCUAAACCCCACAAGCGCAACGCCAGACACACCGAACACCACGACUCAGACACUCCCAUCAUCUAUCCUCAAGCCCAACAGCACCCGAGCAGUCAAUAAUUCAGUCCACACGGUGUAUCAGGUCUCUCAGAACCUGGACAGGUCUCUAUCCUUUGAGACGACAGCUCCUUUAGGCGUGAGUGCCGACUUCAGAAUGACUCGAGAAACCAAGGGCCCUGUUCCACCAUCUGAGCCCCUUUCGAAGACCACUUGGAUCUUUUUGCUUCUGCUGCUUGUGUCCCUGUGUCUGGUGACAUGCGUGUCCUUAAAGUGCAAAAGUAGAGCCAUCAAGAACAAACUCGAGUGGGCAGGUCUGGCAUUUGAAAGAUACCAGCCCGUGUUGCCCACAGCCCACCCUAACCCGCCCGUCGACAUUGUGGUACCUGUGAGCGAUGUCACCGACACUGUUAGAGAAGUCCAGGGUCAGGGGUCAUUCCCUGGGAAAAAUCAGAAGGUCACCAUGGAGCACGUCGGGAAAGCGGAUGGCAUCAACAACACUGUUGGGUCUAUUUUCAUCUACUCCCCCGGGAUGGUGAUCCUCGGCUCGAACUCGAACGAGAAAAAAGAGGAGGCGGAGACGGGCACAGAAGACAUCGGCGAAGACACCUGUCUCAUGAGCGUGCCUCAGCAGGAAUCCAGCUCCGAAGAAGACUUCGUCAGAAUGGCUACACAGGAAGAGUUUGGCAAGGAGCUGAGCAUUCCAGUUCCGGCCACGAGCAAAUGAAAUGUCCGGGUCUGAACACCGACGUCGGCUCAAGCAAAGGAAUAUAUGAACCAGAACGGGGCAUUACGAGUCACAGAGCCUCUUUGCUGGCCCAUGAAGUGUAGAAAACUUGUCCUGUUACAGCAGCGAGGCUGUGAAUAGGGCUGAGUUUGUUUGUAUAGCACUGUGACUUUCAGGGUUUUUUCUUUCUCAGUGUGGGAGGCUGUGCGAAGACAGUGACGGAAUAAGAAAAACUCCCGGGUUGCUAUAGUGAUAAGAUGUACUGUAAAUAUUAAUAUAUUAGAAUAUUAUGAUAUAACGAUAUAAUUAGAAAUAUCAGUCUAUUAUUUUUUUUUUUACAGUCAUUAGACACCUUUGUGUUUGAGUACAGCUUUACCUGUGAGUUGGACAGACAGACACAGAGACAGGUGGGCCGACAGGCCGUGUUUUACUGAUGAAGUGUGGGUGCACAAGCACGCAGAGCUAAAAAUACCUCAAUGUGGGAUAAAAAGACUGCUGAAUGUCAGCGACAUUCACUUUAACCUGCAUGUUUCAGUCACUUAUUACUGUGCAUGUCCCGGCAGGACCCAAUGUGCUGCUGUUCUGUAUUACUGUGCAGUUGUCUAUUUUUCUUUUCAAGCUGUUCAAAUUUCUAUCGAUUCAUUUGCUAGGGUUUAUUAUAAUCCAAAGCAUCUUACAGUUGAGGGAAAUAAGUAUUGAACACGUCAGCAUUUUAUUCAGUAAAUAUAUUUCCAACGAGGCUAGUCACAUGAAAUUUUCAACAGAUAUCGGUAUUAACUCAAGAAAUCCGGAAAUAUAAAGACUUCACAACAUUAAACUCCAUAAAUAAGGUUAUGUGUAAUAGAGUGGAAUGACACAGGAAAAAAGUAUUGAACACGCUAAGAAAAAGCAGUUCUCCAAGGCAAGGUAAGGCAAGGAACCAGUUGAAAUCCAUAAGUAAUUAUACCCCUAUCUGUGCAAAUUAAUAUCAAGGUUAGUAGCUAGGUUAGUACAUUGAUGGUCUAUAAAAAGGCUUUUCGUUAACAAGGUGUCACACAAGAAACAUCUCAUGAUGGGUAAAAACCAAGAGCUCUCCCAAGACCUUUGCAACAUUAUUGUUACGAAACAUAUUGAUGGAAUCAGAUACAGAGCACCAUUGAGUUAAUACUGGUGUCUGGUGAAAAUUUCAUGUGAAUAGCCUCAUGUAAUAUAAUUAAUAUAUAAAUAUAAUAUAUAAAUAUAUUUACUGAAAAAAAUGUUGACACAUCCAAUACUUAUUUCCCCCACUGGAAUUCAAAAGAACUUCAUCACUGAGUCAUCAGGCAUCAGCAUCCCAUCACAGGAGCAAGGAUGUUAAAACACUUCUUUAGAAGUUAACAGGAAGUCAUUUUGAUUUUACUUGGAACCCUUUUCCAGGUCUUCCACAUUUCCUCAGGCAAUUUAUCGUGUUUAUUCUUAUCUACUGAUAAGGGAAUACAAGGCACAAUGUCGUGCUGUUGUAGCAAAAUAAUCGACUAUAACAGCAUGUCCUGAAGUGUUUUUUUAUUCCGCUUCCAUCACAGCAACUUGCCAUAUGAUUGUCAUCUACUAAAGAAUCACACAUCAUACUUCUUUUUAUCCGUUUUCAGUUACAGUUAAUGUGGUAGAACACUCGUCGCCUCAACAGACAAGAAACCUCAAAGCAUAAAACCUCCACUGUUCCAAGGGCUUUCCUGUUAUGGCUUUACCUCUGACUGUUGCAAAGUGUUGACACUGGAGACUCCUUCCAUAAUCGUGAAAUGGAAGAAAACUUCAUAUUUACGAUUACACUGUAAAGACAUUACAAAUGCUGUGACUUUGCUUGUUGUUGAUCUUCAUGCAAAGGGGAAACGUAUUUCAGUUCUGGAAAGUCUGUAGUUUUCAGACCUAGUCAAAAUUUCACCAUGUGAAGGAUUUCCCCAAGUCUACACACACACACACACACACACACACACACACAGAGGCUGGUGGUUCAGUCAUUUGUUCAUUUGAAACACACCUUCUCUGUGUGUAAAUAUCGGGGAGCGUUACAUAUCAGCUCACUUUACUACGUGAGCAAAAACAUGAGCACUUUGCACACAUAAAGCUACAUUGCUUUAAAAAGAUGUCCAGGAUUAUUAGAUGAUGGCGUACUGUACUCGGACAUUUAUUGCUUCAGGACCUGUGUGCUAAACUAGCUAAUUUAGCUAAUGUUCAUGACAAAUGAAAGUUUGUAUGUUUAUUGUUAGAUUUUUAUAGGCUUAGCUAUUGUUAAAUAAACCACUGAGAAUACGCUGAUGCAAUUUUAACCUGUAACAAAUGCGAGCUAGUUAACUAGUAGUGACCUAGCUGGCUAGUGAGAAGGGUAGUUAGCUAGCUGGUUAGCUAGUGUUCAUGAUGGUUGUAAUGACGUUUGAGGAUAAAGUCCAAUUCACACCAGACAUGUUCCUGAAGGUUUGUUUUUGUUUUGUUUUGUUUUUUAAAGUUGCCCGUUUCACAAAACAGAACAUUCUUCAUUUUAAUCAUUGUUGUGAGGUUUGUUAUUAAUGUGCGGCGAAAUCUAUCCUGCUGCGUUUUUGUUGUUGUUGGGUUUUUUGUUUUUUUGGCGUUUUUUUUACAUGGUGUUUCUUUUCACUUGUGCAAAUGAAUAAAGCCAAAGCGUAAACUCCAUACAGACUGCUGUUUCACUUUCUGUAAAAGAUUUUAAAUGUAUAACAUACAACGUUAUAACGCAAAUAGGUUGCUUGUUUACUACUAUCUCAUAUUACAUUUUUAAGUAAACUGUUGUAACUACAAAUUUACACGAUCUGAAUUGCCAUCGACCGCUAGCGCAUAUGAAGUACACAAGCUGUGUGAAUUGGACAGAAAGCUACGGUUUCUAUUAUUAUUUUGUAAACUACAUUUACUACUAUUAUUAUUAUUAUGUUCGCGCUACAAGGAAGUUUCCGGUGUUAAAUUCUAGUAAACAGAGUGCCGAUCGAAAUUCUGAUUUCAAAAAUCCCUCUCGUGUCUUCAUGUGUCAAAUGCAAACUAGCUUACGAGCAAUUACGUAACUUGACUAGAUAUUUAAGGAAAGAAGGAGGUACGUAAGGAUGUGGUCAGUUUUCAUAUUAAUGCAUAUUCAUAACCCUGGGAUUUUUCAAGCAGGUAGAUGCUGUAGAAGUGUUUCUAGAAACUGUUUAGUAAUAUCUUCUUCAAUUUUUUUUUUUUUAAAUCUACGUAAAAUACAAGGUGUCCCAAAAGUCUCCAUAUAUAGGAGAACUUAACAUUUUAGUAAAAUGUCUUCAGAAAUUUUUCAUACUUGGUUUAUAUAUUAUAUAUUAGUUUAUAUAUUAUUUCAUACUGAUGAAGGCCGAACCAUCGUGGUGCUGGCAAACAUUGUAUGGAGACUUUUGGGACAACCUGUAUUUUAUUAACGGAAUAAAACAUGAUUAUUUUCCAAUAACAGCACACGCCGAAGUGUUUUAUACCACCACAAUGAUUGCAAUAUUUUUUUUAUAAAAUAACAUAGUUGCAUUUAAUAUUGUGAGGACAAGUUAGUUCCUACAGCAGCUAUAAACAGUCCUUCCUUCACCUGCCUCUCUUUACUCUCUCUCUCUCUCUCUCUCGAAGUUCCAUCCAUCCAUCCAUUUUCUAUACCGCUUAUCCUACAGGGUCGCGGGGAACCUGGCACCUAUCCCAGAGAGCAUCAGGCACAAGGUGGGAUACACUCUGGACGGGGUGCCAAUCCAUCGCAGGGCACAAUCACAUACACAUUCAUACACUACGGUCACUUUGGACUUGGGGAGGAAACCGGAGUACCCAGAGGAAACCCUCGCAGCAGAGGGAGAACAUGCAAACUCAGCACAAACAGUGCUGCGGCGGGAACUGAACCUCCAACCCUGGCGGUGUGAGGCAAAUGUGCGCCCCUCUCUUGAAGUUAAUAAGACAGAAAUAAAUAAAUAAUAAAAUCGCUGGGUUACCAAGAAACUACACCACAUAAACUCCUGUCCUGAAGAUGUCAGAAAGCUUACAGCGUUACCUCUGACACCGGAGGCUCCUUCCUCAAA